AUGAAACUUCUCUGCAUCAUCUUUGCUCUCCUCCUCGCCCUCGUGGACUCAUUUUCAGGUUGCUACCCGGUUGACAUGAGUGUUAGGUUGGAGGAGGGCUCGUGGAUCAAGCUGAUCUGUGGAGCGAGCAAUGAGGACAUCCCUCAGAUCAGAAACAUCGCCUUUGCGUACACUUUAGCAGGAGUCGACUGCAUUGAUUGUGCAGCUGAUCCUUCCAUCGUCUCUGCCGUGGACGAGGGGAUCCGAGCUGCGCAAGAGUACUCCUCUGCGCGCUCAUGGCUGCAGCCGGCGCGCCCCUGGAUCAUGGUAUCCAUCAACGAUGAUGCGGACCCUCACUUCCGCAAGGCAGCCUUCGACCCCAGCUUGUGUCCAGCCGACUGCCCCCGCCCCUGCGAAGCGACAUGCCCAGUCCUCGCCAUCAGUCAAAGCGGCGUGGACGAGAAGAAAUGCUACGGGUGUGGGCGAUGCCUCUCCUCCUGCCCUCUCCAGCUCAUCCACGCCAACAACUACGUCAGGACCCCUCAACACGCAGGAACUCAUCGCCUCCCUGAGAGGCAGCCCGUACCCUCCUCUUCACCUCGCAGCCAGCUCCCUGACCUUCUGAUCAGAGUAGAUGCUAUUGAGAUCCACACGAGCGGCUCGACCCGCGACUCCUUCCGCGAGCUAUGGCAGGGACGAAACGGAGAGAGCGGUGGGAUCGAGGGAUGGGCUAGCAGCUUGAAGCUUGUCUCCGUCAGCUUUCCUGAUCAGGGAGAAACUCUAUUGGAUUUCAUGCUGUUCGUCUCUCAUACGCUGAACCUGCCGGACAAUGUCGAGAUGACUGAUGGGAGGCCGAUGAGCGGAGACGUGGGGCAUGGGACCGCGCGAGCAUCGAUCGCCCUGGCUCAGCGAGUGCUUCAGUGUCGGAGAGAAGCUCGCUUGCGAGGAGGCGUACAGCUGGCUGGAGGAACCAACGACUACACGGCGACGUUGCUGGCAAGGAAUGAGCUCUUCAAAUCACAGGCAGGAGGCCCGGCGAAGUUCCUCCCCUCUCCCUCCUUCAUUCCCUUCGCUCCCUCGCUCCCUUACCUGCUCACCUUCCCCUCCCCUCCCCCGCCCUCAUCCCCUCCCGUCCCUCUUCCACCUUCCCUGCUCGCGCUCAUCACUCCUAUCCAUCAGUUAUCUGCUGGAAAGGAGGCCGUCGUGGGAGCAGCUUUCGGAGGAUACGCGAGGAAGCUCUUGCGGGACGAGCUGCUUGCUGUCAACGCCUUGGGACCUCCGCUGAAGCUGGAGGAGCACGAAGAGCUUGCAGCGAGUGCGAGCAGCAAGGCUCUCGCGUUCGUGACUGACUUCAAGGCGACUGCCCUUGCUCACGUUCAACGAUGA